ACAGCUAUUGCAUGGUUCCCGCACCUUCAUGGACUCUUGGCUAGUGGUGGAGGCGGAGCUGAUCGGUGUAUUCGUUUCUAGAACACGCUCACAGGACAACCAAAGCAGUUUGUGGACACUGGAUUUCAAGUCCGUAAUCUUGCUUGGCUUAAACAUUCCUCUGAACUGGGUAGCACCCACGGUAACUCCCAAAACCAGAUACGCAUUUGGAAAUAUCCAAACCUGUCACACGUUUCAAAUCGCACUGGCCAUUAUUCAAACAGAGUGCCGUAUCUGUUGAUGUCUUCUGAUGGAGAAACCAUCAUAACCGCCGCUGGGGAUGAGACUCUUUGCUUUUGGAAAGUCUUCUGCAAAGCUCAUUCACAGAAAGAGAAGAGAUCAGUCCUUAGUCUUUUCGCUGGCAUCCGGUGAAGAAUCUGCAGAUGCUGUUUGAUGCAUUGUUCAGUUUUUAUUGUAUUUUAUUUUUUUUGUUCUAAUUAUUUUGUUAUAUAUAAUUGUAUUAUUGUAAUUAAUUGUUUUUGAUGUUAAUAUAUUGGAUGACGAUAUAAAUACAAUAAGAGGAA